AUGGAGGACAGAAGGAUGUGGAAUGUGAGCCUUGUCAGGUCUGUUUUCUCCAGCUAUGAAUCUAACAAAAUUCUACAGAUCCCACUGUGUGCAAGACCAGGAAAGGAUCGUCUGAUAUGGAAGGAUAGUUCCAUUGGCCAGUAUAGUGUCAAGGCGGGCUACCGGUUGUUGAGAACCCGGGCAUCCCCUCCACAAGCUAGUGGCCCCUCGGGAACCAAUGCUUCUCAUCUAUGGCAGAAAAUCUGGGCCAUAAGUACUCUUCCAAGAUGCAAGGAGCUAGUGUGGAGAGCCUGUAAAGGGGUCCUACCUGUAAGGAUGAACCUGAAGAGAAGGGGAAUGGAAAUUGAUACAACCUGCCCCUGCUGUGGCGAAGCGGAAGAAACGACAACCCACGCUCUACUUACCUGCAUUGGCAUUAGGAGAAUAUGGUUUGCGUCUCAUCUCAACAUCCAUAUCAAUGAAGAGAUCCCAGAGAACUUCCUAGGAUGGCUGGAACUAGUUCUUGAACAUCCAAACGAAGAUACUAUGGCUGAUAUCUUUAACUUGAUUUGGGUAAUUUGGAAGAGACGGAAUGCUUGGCUCUAUGAUGGACAACUGUGGAGCUUUGAGAGAUCUUUGGCUAAGGCUGCUGCAAUAUGCAUAAGACAGGAUACUGAGGUUGAUGGCCUUCAAUUGGGUAAAACUCAACGUGGACUCCUCAAUUCGCACAAAUCUGGGUGCGGGCCAUGGUGCAAUUAUCAGGGAUGCUAG